CAGCUCAGUAUCACAGGGCAGCACAUGCCCUUCGAUCGCGGAAGUUAGAUAAGUUGUAUGAGGCAUGUCGCUACCUUGCAGCUAGAUGUCAUUUGGGUCACUGGAGUAUCCAUUGUGGCACUACUUUGAAGAAAUCCAACUGACCUUCUUUUCCAGGAAACACUCCUCUAAUAUUUUGUGGAGAAAGAAUAUGAAACAUUUUUGUCUUGUGUCUUCAUGUUUACACUGUUACUUGGUUGGUUGUAAUCUGACCAAAGGAGAUGUGAUUUAUGGUUGUGUAAUUAUAGUUAGCAGCUUUAUACUUCUGUAUAAAAUGUCAUACAUAAAAAGUAAAAUGCAGUGCUUUCAGAGACACAACUGAAUCAAUUGGUAGAUUAAAUACAGAAAUUUGAAAGAGAGUAAUGUGCUGCUUAUAGAAUAAGAUGAUUGUAUUUUAUUAAACACUGUGUUAACUAUUUUUAGAACCAUACCUCUCUGACUGCAUAAUGCUGAAUAAUAGAUUUUUCUGUACAUGCUUAUUUUACAGUUUUUGCAUUUUUGCAUAUUAUAGAUGACCAGUAAAAGAGCUAACUGCAGUUAUAAAAUGACAUAUGGCCAAAUAAGAAAAUGCAUGCAUGAAAAUCUUGCUGAUAAACACUGGUUGUUAUAACGUAUGCCUUUGAAACAUGAUGCUGUGUUUAUUGGUGCUUUAUGUACAGAUUUUUCAAAACCUUGUCUUUUACAUGCACAUGUUUGGUUAGUAUGCUGCAAAAGAGCAUCAACAGGCCUUGGAUAUCCUCGAUAUGGAGGAGCCAAUCAACAAACGACUUUUUGAAAAGUACUUGAAGGAUGAAAGUGGGUUGAAAGAUUCUACCACAGACUGGGAGAUGUCACAGUCCUCUAUCAAGAGCUCUAUAUGCCUUUUGCGAGGGAAGAUCUAUGAUGCUUUGGAUAAUAGAACCCUGGCAACUUACAGCUACAAAGAGGCCUUGAAGCUUGAUGUUUACUGCUUUGAAGCAUUUGAUCUUUUAACAUCACACCAUAUGCUGACAGCACAAGAAGAAAAAGAACUUCUUGAAUCUCUACCUCUUAAUAGACAAUGUACGGAAGAAGAAAAGGAAUUGCUUCACUUUUUAUUUGAGAAUAAAUUGAAAAAGUAUAAUAAACCCAGUGAAACACUGAUUCCUGAAUCAGUAGAUGGUCUUCAGGAAAACCUGGAUGUGGUAGUAUCCUUAGCAGAAAGGCAUUAUUACAACUGUGACUUCAAAAUGUGUUACAAGCUUACUUCAGUAGUGAUGGAAAAGGAUCCCUUCCAUGCAAAUUGUUUACCUGUACAUAUAGGGACACUUGUGGAGCUUAACAAAGCAAAUGAGCUUUUCUAUCUUUCUCACAAACUGGUGGACUUGUACCCGAAUAAUCCUGUGUCAUGGUUUGCAGUAGGAUGCUAUUACCUCAUGGUUGGCCACAAAAAUGAGCAUGCUAGAAGAUAUCUCAGCAAAGCUACCACACUGGAGCGAACCUAUGGACCUGCCUGGAUAGCAUAUGGACAUUCAUUUGCAGUGGAGAGUGAGCACGACCAAGCAAUGGCUGCGUACUUCACAGCUGCACAGCUCAUGAAAGGGUGUCAUUUGCCGAUGCUCUAUAUUGGACUGGAAUAUGGUUUGACCAACAACUCCAAGCUGGCUGAACGGUUUUUCAGCCAAGCUUUAAGCAUUGCACCUGAAGAUCCUUUUGUUAUGCAUGAAGUUGGAGUGGUAGCAUUUCAAAAUGGAGACUGGAAAACUGCAGAAAAGUGGUUCCUUGAUGCACUGGAAAAAAUCAAAGCUAUUGGAAAUGAGGUAACGGUUGAUAAGUGGGAGCCUUUAUUGAACAACUUAGGACAUGUCUGCAGAAAACUUAAGAAGUAUGAAGAAGCACUGGAAUACCAUCGUCAGGCUCUAGUAUUAAUCCCUCAGAAUGCUUCUACUUACUCUGCCAUUGGUUACAUACACAGCCUCAUGGGCAAUUUUGAAAGUGCCAUUGACUAUUUUCACACGGCCCUUGGUCUCAGGCGGGAUGACACAUUUUCAGUCACGAUGCUUGGACACUGCAUAGAAAUGUACAUUGGUGAUUCUGAAGCCUAUAUUGGAACAGAGAUCAAAGACAAAUUAAGAUGUUAUGACUUCGAUGUACAUACAGUGAAGACAUUAAAGAACAUAAUUUCACCUCCCUGGGAUUUCAGAGAAUUUGACAUAGAAAGACAAACUCUGGAUGAAAGCGGCAUAGUAACAUUAGAGACAUCAAAUCAAAGGAAAAGUACAGAUACCAGUCGCCCAUUGGAAGAAACAUUCGAGAUUGAAAUGAAUGAAAGUGAUAUGAUGUUAGAAACAUCAAUGUCAGAUCAUAGUACGUGACCAUAAAUACUGGUAGAGAGCUCGUUUUGUCUAAGUGCAGUAUGUUUGUUUUAGCAUUUUUGUUAUGGUGUUGUACUUCCAUGAAUUUGCUAUUUUUUAUAUGAAUUGAAUUCAAACUACUAUGUACUUAA